AUGGGGGCACAAAGAAACAGCCCCAAAACGAUUGUAGCAUCGCCUGUUGGAAAAUCCACGACUCUGCAGUUCCUCUUCAAUCUUGAUUCAAAAGUUUGCAGUAGUCAAAAAGACGAUAAUAAGACUGAAUCUUUGGACUCAGAAGGCGAAGAACUUAAAUUGAUAAUCACUUAUUGCACUCAACUGCGUUCAGAUGAUCAAGAAUCUGCUUUGAAACGACUCAAACUUACACAGAUUUUAUCUAUAAUCAAAACAUCAAUAACUAUGAUUUCUGAUGAAGCCUUGGAUAGUUUGUUCAAAAUGGUGGCUUGUAAUAUCUUCCGCCCUCUUCCUCUUCCGUCUAUUACCGUGUGCUCUAUUGUAUCCCCUGAAGAUGAUGAUGCCAUUGCCACACCUUCUGCCGCUUGGCCAUACCUGCAAAUCGUUUAUGAUAUUCUCCUCCGGUUGAUAACCAAGAAAGACGUCAAAACCCUUUGCAGAGAACAUAUCGACGGAUCCAAGACUUCAAACCAGGGUACUCCUAUUGAUGAACAAUUAAUCAGUCGGAACUUCAUUCUGAACCUCCUUACUCUUUUCAACUCGGAUGACCCACGUGAGCGUGACGCUGUGAAAAACAUUGUACACCGAAUUUACUCAAAGUUCACAUUCUACAGAUCUUUCAUGAGAAAAGCAAUGACAGAAUUUUUCCUAUAUUUCAUCUAUGAAACUGAUCACAGACAAAAUGGGAUAGGAGAGCUUCUUGAGAUAUGGGGAAGUAUAAUCAAUGGAUUUACGGUUCCAUUGAAAGAUGAACACAAAGUUUUCUUAUCGCGGGUUUUGAUCCCAUUGCAUAAACCAAAGAAUAUGGCAGUUUAUCAUCGCCAGUUGGGUUAUUGCGUGUCACAGUUUGUGCAAAAGGAGCCCGAACUUGGCCCUGUUGUGAUCAGAAAGAUUUUGAGGUAUUGGCCCGUGACGAAUUGUCAAAAGGAGGUGUUGUUAAUUGGUGAGCUGGAGGAAAUCGUUGAAUAUCUUGAUCGCAGGCAGUACUUAAAGAUAGCUUUUCCUUUGUGGACUCAAAUCACAAAAUGCAUCAAGAGUAACAAUUCACAGGUAGCUGAACGGGCUCUAUACGUUUGGAACAACGAACAGUUCACGAGGGUGGUGUCUCAAGAUAUCGAGAUGGUGUUCCCUAUUCUAGUCGAAGCCAUUGAAAAGAACAUCAUGUUGCAUUGGUGCAAAAGUGUACAACAACUGACGCUAAAUGUGAAGGUUUUGCUUGAAGAACUCGAGCCCGUUCUUUACAAGACGUGCCUUGAGGGUAUCAGGAUACAUGAAUUCACUGCUAAGUUAGAAGAAAAUGCGAGGAGGACGACAUGGGAGAAGAUUGAAAUGGCAGCAAAAGCUAAUAACUAGCUGUUAUUUUUUUCUUUCUUUCUUUUUUAUGACAAUUGUUAGUUAUUAGUAGUUAGUUUUACCCAAGUUAGUAAUUAAACGUCAAUAUCCAGGUUUGAAUUCGAGACCUUGAGAGAGGCAAAUAGGC